UAAUCAGUAGGUGCCUCUCCCUCGCUUCCAUUUUGGAAGUGGAGUUAUGCAACCUAUCUUGUGACUUACACAAGCUCAGUAACAUGGACGAGGGAAUGCAGCAGCCUCUUUUUAGAGAAGGGAAACAAAAGGAGGAGAUUUUAAGUAUCGGACGAGCUUCCUGUUCCCUUUGGAAACAAACAGACAAGGUCUGAAUAUCCCUGAAGAAAAGCAGCUUGACUCAAAUCCCUUCCCUUCAGUGUGUGACAUUUCUACAUCAGGAAAUGGCUGAAUCUGCUCUCAGCAUGGAUCUGGGCUUGUGUCUCUCAUUGCUGGUCACCUGCAGCCUUCUCUACUUUCUCAUACAGUUCAUUAGGCUGAUUAUGGCAGAUUCUGAUCUGACUCUGCAGUGGGCAGAGUAUUUUGGGCAUACCCCAGAAAGCAAACUUGGCCACAAUGUGGUUUGGGUAACAGGUGCUUCCAGUGGCAUUGGAGAGGAACUAUCCUAUCAACUAGCCAAAUUAGGCUGCCCUCUAAUAUUGUCAUCCAGGAGAGAAAAUGAAUUACUUAGAGUAAAACAAAAAUGUCUGGAAAUCAGCAGUUUAGAGGACCAAGACAUCCUGAUUCUUCCUCUUGAUAUGACCCAAAUGAGUAUGCAUAAAGAAGCCACAGAGAAAGCCUUGCAGCAUUUUGGUCGAAUCGAUAUUUUAAUAAAUAAUGCAGGACGAUGGCAGCGAUCCUUGUUUGUAGAAACUAAUCUAGAUGUAUUCCGAGCAUUGAUUGAACUAAAUUAUUUGGGGACAAUUUCUAUCACCAAGCAGGUUCUCCAGCACAUGAUAGAGAGGAAAAGGGGGAGAAUUGUCAACAUAAGCAGCGCUGUAGGUCUCAUUGGAGCACCUCUAUCAACUGGAUACUCUGCCAGCAAACAUGCCCUCCAGGGAUUUUUCAACAGUCUUAGAACGGAAUUGACCACUUACCCCGACAUUAUCAUCAGCAACAUUUGUCCUGGACCUGUGCAGUCGAACAUUGUGGAAAAUGCCUUAACAGAAGAGUGUGAUAAGGUGCUGAGCAUAAAAACUGACCAGUCUCAUAAAAUGGCAACCGAACGCUGUGCUCGGCUUGUGUUGAUCACGGCUGCAAAUAACCUGAAAGAGACCUGGAUUUCAGGGCAGCCAUUUUUAAUGGGGUAUUAUCUGUGGCAAUACACUCCAACUUGGGCAUGGUGGCUUACUGCAAAGGUUGGUGAAAGAAGAAUAAAGAACUUCAAAAGUGGAGUGGAUGCAGAUUCUUCUUACUUUACUAAAAAGUCAAAGUAAAUGAAGAUGACUUUUAUACAAAUUCAAGAUUUAAUUGAGAAGACAAAAUGGACUUUACCCUAAAUACAUGAACUGCUUAACGGCGCAGCUAAUUCUGUUGUUUGAUUCCCCCCCCACAGCCCAUGCUCAGUCCUCUCGAGCCUGUUAGCUGCUCUGCAGAUGCACUGACUGGAGUUGUGACUUGUCCCCACAAGCUGCUUGCCUACAAAUUUUUGAGAUAUUCACAAAUAGCUCUUGAGUAAGUCAGUUCCACUGAAGUUAAGUUGAUAUAUGUGUUUGUAGGAGCCAUGGUAAACAGAGAACUGGAAUAUCAGGUUUUUAAUGUCUGGCUGUAUAAUGCCCAAAAGGGAUUCUCAGGUAUGAAAUCAUGAAAACGUCCUCCAGUUAUUUGUGCACUGAAACCUUCCAAUAGGUUGGAUAAGCCAUAGAUUACAUGGACAGGACUGUUGUCAUAAAAAGAACCUUGGACAAUGAGUGCUCCAUCUCUAUGCUACUCAUCAUUUGCUCCUCAGUGCAGCAACCCACAUUAGAUACUGUCACAGUCCUAAACAAAGUCUCUGGGCUAAAUGAAGUCUCUGUACUAAACAAAAAGUCUCUGAGCUAAACUAAGUCUCUGGGCUAAACUAAGUCACUGUGGAUCACUUUUGUAAACAUGCCUUGAAGAAAACUCUUUCUGCAUCUUAUUUGCCAACCUGUCCUGCUGAGAAAUUCAGUGUUUCUAUACGUCUUGAAAUUCCAUAAUUCACUAUAUGCAUCUGUUUAAUUUGUUGGCCAAUAUAACUGCUUCACUGACGCAAUUCUUCUCCACCAACUCCUGAGAAGUCAACAUUGUCCUGUUUUGUAUCUGCUAUCCCUGGACAGGAACCUACUGAUGUGCAGAAUUUGGACAGAAAACUGAACGUAAUUUGACCCUUAUGGAACAUCUGUACUUUUUGAAGGCUCAGUAUACCAUCAUCUUUCAUUUUUUCCCGGUGCGUUUGCCCAAAAAAAAUAAUUUAAAUCUGUGAAUGUGCUACUGGCUUAGGGCUAUGUCACACGCUGAUUUGUAAACAUGGGUGCUAAAUUGUACCGGCAUAUUUACCCAUUGCCAUACGUCAAAAGCUUUCGUUUUUUAGCCUGUAUUAGUUUUAUAAAAUUUAACUGGUGAUCGUGUAACUUAGUGGAGGAGGCUGAAAAAUUGGGGGCUAGCAAUAGAUGGUUUACCAAUGGAGAUCGUUGAUAUAUGUAUUAUAUUACAGAUAUUCAUUUUUGGGGGAAACUAAAUCUCUUAAAAUCUUUAUCAUUCUCAGCCUAUGGGUGUAAUAUAGCCCUUAUAUUAGCAAAUCAGCUUUACACAUAUCUUUCUAGUACACAGUGAGUCCAGCAAAUGCCAGAAGUGCUUGGAACUUUAUUGGAGGGAUGAAACAUUAAGCUUUCCUUAGCAAUCAGUCAGUGUUUGUUAAUGGUGAUGGAAACCAGUGUUGCUAUUCCAAUAUCUCAAUAAACGCUUAUUUGGGUGGAGAUCUGAUGGCCAGGACUUUCAUAGUAUAAGAGAUUCAUCAUCACUAAAUCAUUUUUUUAACCAUUAGUGCCCAUGGGUGGUAGUAUUGUCACCCUGGAACAUUCCAUUAGGACUGCAGUGCUUUAGCAGAGGUGAUAUAUAAGAUAUCUUUUUACAAUUUAACUUGUCCUUGAAGAUGAUGGACCAAGCCAGGUCUUUGGCCAACACCUGAAUAACCAGUACCAAACACUUGGUCGGAUAAAAGCCCUGAGUGCCAGUUACAGCUUUAACUUAUGGGGACAUUUGAGGUAAAAACAGAUUUAAAAUCAGUUUCUCUAUCUCCUCUAAUCUGUCAUAGCAAUAAAGUUACAUCUCCUUGGUGUACAACCAAACUCA